AUGUCUGGUGGAGUUGGACCAACUGUCGGUGACAUUAGCCUACCAAAAGAAGAUGAAGAACUCGUACACAAAGAACAACACGACCAAUCUCUCAAGAACAACAAUCUCAACAAACCACAAAACAAAUCCACUUUCCUCUCAUUCCGACAACUCAAUUGUUUAGCUGUUGUUGUCGUGUUAUCCGCCAGUGGCAUGGUCAGUCCUCAAGAUUUCGCGUUCGUACUCUUCUCGAUCUUCUACAUGUACUUCAUAUCAAAAACCGUGUUUCCAACUCUUCACCCUUCCAACGAACAACCUAUUUUCAACCGACAGAACAAAAUCCUUAAACUCUAUGUUCUGGUUGGAGCAAUCAUUGGACUCUACGCUCCUAUAGCGUAUAUUCUACAUGGAAUAAUCGAGGGUGAUAAGAAAGGUAUAGCCGCAGCUACACCACAUGUUUUUCUUCUGGCCAGUCAAGUUUUUAUGGAAGGUGUGGCUUUUUCUGAUGGAUUUUCGUCUCCGAUAAGAGCUUUUGUUCCUGUUUUGUAUAAUGCGAGAAGGGUUUUUACUAUUGUGGAUUGGUUGAGAGAUGAGAUUUACAAGGUGGAUGAAGAACACAGUGGCUCUUAUAGAAGGAUUUAUGCUGGAAGAGCACUUGCUGUGGCGAAUAUGGCUUUUUGGUGUUUUAAUUUGUUUGGAUUUUUGGUUCCUGUUUAUCUUCCUAGGGUUUUUAAGGCUUAUUAUUCUAGCCAGAAAGUUAAUUAA